UCAAAUACAGUGAGACAUUGAGGUCCCCUUUAAUGCACUCAUCUUACAUAUGCAUUGUUGCAAAUUGAAUCAACGUAAAUAAAAGGGGGGUUGGCAAUUUGGUCAGAAAUCAUGCAAUGAAUGCAGCUAAUUUCAUGUAAAAACUGCUGUUUCAGGUUCUAUACGCAAUAACACAUAUUUUAAUACUGUGCUCUUAGGUUUCAGCCCUAGUUAUUCAACUCUGUUGAUGGUUCUGAAGAAUGUUGGGGAGAUAAACUCCACUGCGUUUCGCAGCAACAACUUGGUCUCCAUAACCAGGCUCAGGAUCAACAACGCUGGUGUCACAGGAAUCGCUGAAGGGGCCUUCAGUUCUUUCCAGAACCUCACAAGUCUCAGUUUAAACCUCAACUUGCUGACAGAGAUCAACCCAAACUGGUUUGGUCGGCCUGAUAUCCUCAGCGAUCUAAGCCUUACAGGAAACCAAAUCAAAGUUCUGAAUCAGUCCAUGCUUAACGGGCUCCUUAACCUUACAAGGCUCAGUCUGAAUAACAACAUGAUCAGAACAAUUGAUCUAGAUAGUUUUAGCUCCAACACCAUCUUGGCUGAGUUGGACUUGUCUGAGAACAGGAUGACUCGGGUCUCACCUCAGGUCUUCAGGUCUCUCAGAUCCACCAAGAUCAGGUUGGAUGGGAACCCCUGGGACUGUUCCUGUGGAGCUGAAGACUUUAUCGACUUCCUCAAAGAUCUCCAAAGCAGAUCUCUGCUAGACCGAGAUAUGGAGGUGACCUGUGCGAGUCCUCCAUUUCUGAAGGGUCAACCUGUGUGGAACGUGUCGCUGUGUGUGACGUCUCCUCCACCAAGACCAUCGUCAGUUACGCAAUCUGUCCAUCCCAAACCAACUGUUAUCCACACAUCAGUCCCUGUAUUCACAUCUGCAAAAGUUGUGACAACACCUCCACCACGACCAACAUCGGAGACAAAAACAUCCGUUCAACCCAAACCCAGUGAUGCACCCAUAAUAAUGUCCUCACACACUGCAAAAGUUGUGACAAUGCCUCCAGCACAACCAACAUCAGAGACAAAAACAUCUGUUCAACCCAAACCCACUGAUAUCCUCCAAACGGUCCCUACAUCUACUUUAAAGGCUGGUACAUUUGCAACUUAUGUGACAUCACCACCAUCAGUGACGGAGAUCUCUGUCCAUCCUAAACCUUCUGACCUGCCCGUAACAACAUCUGCACCCACUGGUAUGCCUGGGCUUUCUCAUCUUUUGAUAUUUGAACCUUUAUAUAAUUUGUGCUUCAUAUGUCUGUUGUUCCUUCCAGGAACUUGCGUGACAUCACCACCAUCGUCUGAUACCAGCAUUGUCCCGACACUGAUUGUUGUGAUAGUGGUCCUGUUUUUGCUACUGUUUGUGGUGUGUUUCCUGGCAUUGCUGCAUCGGAGGAAACGCAACAACAAAGCUGUGAUGCCUGGCCGUCCGGGAGAAAACAGAAACGAGUUGAAAGAAGACAGCAGAUCCAGUUGUGCUCAGUCUCCAGGACACUCUGAGAAAGGAGAAAACAGUCACUGGGACUCAGAGAUGGGAUGGAGGAGAUCAUUUACUGGACUCAGAGCUAAGUCAGCUAAUGCUAUUCUCCUUAUGUCUCCUUUUUGUGCACCUGUGAAAGAUCAAGGGACUUUACAAACUGAGACAGAGACUCAGUCAAAAGACACAGCAAACCAAGAUGAAGGAAAGCAGAAGCUGGGAAAUGAAAGUGAAGUAGAUGGAGGAAUUCAGACAGAAAAUCUAACAAACUUGGAUGUGAUCAAAAUUGCUAAACAAGCCGAUGUUGGUAGAAAUCAAGAGCAAAACUCCCACCAUGUUUCUGCAAUCACUGACACUGUUCCUUAUCUCAGCAUCGGUACAAACCAGAAUAAACCCAAUCCUGAUGAUUUUAACAAACAGUCCACUGAUGGUCCAGGUCAAAGAUCACAGAUGGGAAAAGUAAUGGGGAGGAUCGCCACCUGGCCUCCAACUGCAGCUCAGUGGCAGGCAAGAUGUAAAAUAAAGGAGGAGGGGUCUGAUGUCUUCACUAUUUGGACACCAAAGUUUGGAGAUGAGGUGAAGAAAGUGUUAAAGAAGGAGGAGCGUCCCUCUGAUUCUGACCGGGACAAAAAGGAAGAUGACAUUGAGAAAAAUGAAAUGGAAGAUUUCCAAACUGCUCCAAAUCAAGAACCUUUAAAAAUGACUGUAGCUCACAUGAAGUCGGGACAAUCUCAGUCAAAACCAAGUGACAAGACCACUUCUUUGGGCAAAGCUCUUUCCCACGCCGACACAAGGCUAGAGGAGCGGCUAAAGAAGGAGGAGGUGAUCCAGGACCCUGCUACUGUGAGACAGACCCAAAAUCUGAAUAAGGAAAAACUUGGUCCAAAUCAAAACCUGGAAUCUUCCGAAAAUCCUGCACUGAAUAACACCAAGAGCAGCAACAAGGUUGAACAGGGGAUGGAACCAAAGCAAGAUGUGACAAGCAGACAGAGGGCAGAGAACAAAAGCACCGGCUCAAGGGCUCCCUCCGGUGGCGCCUCACCAGAUGAUGAAACCCUGCUCUCCGGCAACGAGUACGCCUUCAUGGACCUGCUGCACGAAGUGGUUCAGAACAACGGUCGCAGGACCAGAGAGAGGUGGAAGCAGGUACAGAUCAACAAGCAGCGGCGUCAGGACAGAGGUACCGAAGAAGUUUAGAAAGUUAUUCACUUACAAUAUUGUAGUUUUUUCUGUCACUCUUAAACCCUCUCUAAGGGCAUUUCUCUCGAUUUUUACAAAUUUUCUUAGAUUCACCUUUUUAGGGUAUUUGCAUAUAACCUGAUAUCCAUGUGUUUCAUAUCAAAAUGUUCAGAGCCAAUUCAGGUUUCUGAAUAGUGAGGACCAAAUGUGUCCUAGAGCAAUGUGUGAAGAGAUAAUAUUGGCCCUAAGGCUGAAAAGUUGAGUUCGCUUUUUGAAAUUCCUCAAAUCUCUUGUAAAAACAUGUACUUAAAACACCCUUACUCAUGUGUUGAUGAAUUGUUUUGUUGCUUGAAAUGAGUUUACCAAAGUCUAAGGUUCACAAAAGUAGUGUAAUAAAUGGAUAAAAUAGUAGAUAAAUGUAUAAUGAAUGUCUAAAAUGAAAUUUUGUAAUAGAGCUUUUUGAGGAGUGUUGUCUGAAACAUCAAUUGGACGUGCCAGCGUGUCCUUUGUCCUCAAAGGGUUAAGUUAAGUAAAAUAACUUAUUUUACCAUCUGCAGUUAAAAAUGAUCUUUGUCAACACUCAAAGAAAUAGUUUGACAUUUUGGGAAAUGCACUUUGAGAUGAGAUUUCCCACUCUCAUGGCUGUCCAUCAAAGGGACGCACCAGUGAUUUUGUA